GGACAGAAAUAGACACCGAGAGGCUCGAGUCGAGGCUGUGUGCUUUCCAGCCAAAGUGGAGGGUGGAUCGCUGUGUCUUUAAACACAUUUUCCCUGGUCAUUUUAUUUUGCACUUCCACAAAAUGGUCAUUAAAAUAUUCCUGGCAUCCUCAUCGGGAUCGACGGCGAUCAAAAAGAAACAGCAAGAUGUUGUCGGGUUUCUUGAGGCACUUAAAAUCGAUUACGCACAGCUUGACAUUGCUUCAAAUGAGGACAACCGGAGGUGGAUGAGGGAAAAUGUCCCUGGAGAAAAGAAGCCCACCAAUGGAAUUCCUCUUCCUCCACAGAUUUUCAAUGAGGCGAUGUAUUGUGGGGACUACGAAACAUUCUUUGAAGCCAAAGAGGACAACACAGUCUAUGAAUUUUUGGGUCUGACACCUCCACCAGGAUCUAAGGAGGCACAACAAGCUGAAAAUGCACAAAAGCUUCAUAAUGGAUCUGGCACAGAGGAACAUCUUGAUGAUGACACAACAAAAAAAGAAAUCGUAGAGACUGAGCAGAAUGGAGAUGCACACAUAGCAGAGCUGGAAGAAGAUGAUCCAGGCAAGAAGGCAGAGACAGAUGCUCGAGAUGAUAUCGCAGAAGAGGACGAAGAGAGUAGAAAACCAGCUGAGGAGGAAGAGCAGGAGGAAGGAGAAGAGGACAGGGAGGAAGAGGAGCAAGCCUCAGAGGAAGACUAGUGUCCUGAAGCAGAGGAUUUUGGACCCGGAUUUUCCCACACAGCUUGAAGUGACACCCCACUUGCCCUGGAGUCAUCGAAAAUCGCCCACAAAUACCUUCACCGCAGCUUUGCCAAAGCCAAAUGUGACACCACUGCACUGGACAAUAUGCACUCAGGACUCCAGCUUCAAGCCACCCCCCCUGAUAAAUGUGCCUUUUUGAGGUUGCAAAAUGCCUUUUUACGCUAGAGUUGCUUCAGCUUUAGUGGCGAGUUUCAAGUGAAUUUAAAGGGAUGUCUUUUUUCCUUACUGUACAUAUAGAAAAUAGCUUAUUCUACUACUUUUAAACUAACAUUCAGACUUUGUUCAGUAGACUCCCAAAUAGUUGUGCCAAACCACUCAAAUGUGCCAAACUAAUACUUACAAAUACCUCUCUGUGUGUCUUAUAUUGUGAAGUACACUACCAGUCAUAUUUUGGACACACUUUGCUACAAUGCUAAAAAUAAACCGAACUCAUCUAGUACAUACUUCAGUUAGACUAAACAAUAUGGUUCUAAGAUGUUGAAUUGUAGUUACUUACAACCACAGUGAAGUUGAAGUUAAAAUUAACACUGAAAGGACAUCAGUCACAAUUCCCUCCUUUUUCAGUCUAUUGUGUCUGAUUUCAGUCUGAAUGUGUGACGUCAGUUCUUGCUGGAAGCCAUUCUCUGUAGUCAGUUGGCAGUUCUAAUGCACUUUGUAUGUAGACAGAAAUGAAUGGUUGGAAAUUCCCUUAUUUACCAAUAAAGAGUGAGUUUU